AACAAAAAUAAAAUUUCAUCAAAUCCAACAACUCCCCUUAAACUCCAGUGAGCAUUCACUCAUUCAUCCAACUAUGGCAGGGACCAGUGAAUCUCUGCUUCAAACUCAAACCCUUCAUUCUCUUUACACUGCACUGGACACAAAAUCCCUUCUUCUCUCACAAUUCUCAAAUUCUGAUCAACCCCAAUUCCUUCAACUUACCACCGACUGUGUUCUCAUGGAAAGGGGACCUCGUUACAAAGCCUAUGCUGAUCUUAGAGAAAAAAAGUUAAGAAUAAAACAUAUGAAACAAUCAAUCCCUGAAGAAGAAGAAGAAAAAGACUACAACAAUGAGGUGUUUGUUCUAACCCCACCAAAGAAACAAGUCAAAUUUCAAGGGAAUUUUGUAACGCCACCAAAAAGGACAAAAGGGUCAUCUAUUUUGACUCAAUCAGUACCUGAUUUUUCAUCAGCAUUGAGAAAGGAAAAUAGAAAGCCACCUACUUUGAAGGAGAAAUCAGCAACUCCACCACCAGCUGGUUCAAAAAGUGGGAAAGUUUAUGGGGUUGUUGGGAAUAUUGGAGGCAGCAAAUCAGUGAAUUCAGGGGAUAAGAGAAAUGGGGGUUUAAUGACUAGGAAAAGUUAUGCAAAUGUUGAGGAACUGAAGGGAUUAGCUUCUGUUGCAAGAAGUGCUAUUAAUGGAGAUAACAGAGUUGGAAGAAAUAGCAGUAGAAUUGCUGGCAAGACUAUUCUUGGAUAUAGACAAUUAUAAGUCUCAAAAAUCUGAAGAUUCGGAGGAGAAAAAAAAAAGGGAAGCUGUUGAGUUCUUUUUUCUUAGGGGAUUUUUCAUUCUUUGAUUUUUACAUUUGGUUUGCUUUAAAAGAUUGGUGUUUUUAUAGAAGAUUGAUUGAUUUUUCAAUAUUUGGCUUGGAGUUGUAUAGAGCAAUGGUGUUUGAAUGAAAUCGGAGUGAGGAGCUGUAACCUAGUGGGAACUACAGAAUGUUCUUUGCUUAUGUGGAUUCUUUGGUGAACAAUUUAUUUAAUAUCUUAAUAAUAGUGAUAUUUUUUCAA